AUGCGGACCUCUCCGAAUGUGAUCAUCACAGGCACCCCCGGCGUGGGGAAGACAGUCCACUGCGAACAACUGGCGCAAGAUACCGGGUUGCGCUAUCUCUCGAUAAACCAAGUCGCAAAAGACCGCGACUGCUUCGAGACUUACGACGACGAACUGGAUACGUGGGUUGUGGAUGAAGACAAGCUCCUAGACGCAAUCGAAGACGAAGUCCUGCAAGGAGGCUACCUCAUAGACUGGCACGCGUGCGAUCUCUUCCCCAAAUCCUGGAUCGACCUGGUUGUCGUUCUGCGGUGUCCGUCGACAUCCAUCCACUAUGACCGUCUAUCGUCAAGGGGAUACAAAGAAACGAAGUUGCAGGAGAAUCUAGAUGCGGAGAUCUUUGGCGUGUUACUAGAGGAAGCGCGGGAAGCUUUCGACGAAGAAAUCGUGGUUGAGCUAAACAGCGAAAAGGACGAUGAUGUAGAGAAUAACUGUGCGAGGAUCGCGACCUGGGUCGACUCCUGGAAGAGCGACCAGGCCGGCAGGGCGAAUUAA